CUCCAUUCAAUACGCAUUCGACAACGCAUUGCUCCGACCCCAAGAUCCUCUGCUCUUUCCCACAUGCAGCAGAAAUUCAAAACCCCACACACGAACGACAUCGGACAUCCAUUUUUGUUUUGUUGCUUUUUUGGCGUGCACCGGAUUUUGGAGCAAGUAGUGAAUAGCUCGUUGCCGGUGAGAAAUUAGGGUUUUCAGAAAUUGGGGGGAAAAGGAGAACGAGGUGCGAUCGAGGACGAUGAGGCAAGGGAAGGUUCAGCUGAAGAGAAUCGAGAACAAAAUAAGCAGACAGGUGACCUUCUCGAAAAGGAGGUCGGGGCUGCUGAAGAAGGCGCAUGAGAUCUCAGUCAUGUGCGAUGCUGAGGUCGGUUUGAUUGUUUUCUCUACCAAGGGAAAGCUCUUUCACUACGCUACUGAUUCCUGUAUGGAUGAUAUAAUAGCAAAGUAUGAGAGACACUGCUACGAGGAGAACAGGCUUAAAGUUGAUUCUGAACCACCAAAGGAAAAGAAGCAUGCCCAGCUUCCUAAGCUCGUGGCCCGAGUCGAAUUAUUGCAGAGAAACCUAAAAAACUAUGCUGGAGAAGAUUUGGAUCCUCUCAGCUUGAGGGAGCUCCAGAGUUUACAGCAACAACUGGAUGCCGCUCUCAAGCGAAUUCGUGUAAAGAAGAAUCAAGUUAUGCAUGAGUCGAUUUCUCAGCUUCAGAAAAAGGAGAGAUUGCUACAACAGAAGAACAACAUCUUAUCAGUGAAGCUAAAAGAGAGGGAGAAUGAAGAACACACAAUGGAGGAAAAUAGACGCGAAGAUCCAGAGAUUUUACCUCAAACUUCUGUUGCAAUCGCUGCUCCACAUCCUCCUCCAGAACUGUAUUCAUCUCCUUCAUUCACUAUCUGGAUUCGAGCUAGAUUGCAAUGCUAACUACCGUAAUGGUGAUUCGAACUUUAUAGACUUGCGAGAAAUUGGGUCCGCUGCUGCUUUCCUGCCGAUUGGUAUGUGUUUGUGUUUGCGAUUGGCAGGAAUAAUACUGAAUUGAGUUUGGACUUUUGUAGCGGAGGGAGCCAAACAUCCGCCGACCAACAGAGCUCCGGUGUGGAAUCCAACGCCGUCAUUCCGCCGUGGCUGCUCGGCCACUUGCGGAAUCCAUAAGAGCGGCCGGACGUCUUCUCCGGCGACUUUGUUUAGACUUGCGCUGAUGCAAACCGUUUCGGUUGGAGUCUUGCACUUUAUUAUGUACGUACUAACUUAUCAGUAUUUACCAAUAAAUAAUUCUUCAUCUAUAAUAA